ACCCUCUCAUCUUCCUCCUCUCCCUCACCUCCCCCUCCCGCACCCACACCCAACGCAAAAGAAAACGAGACAAAAAGUCUCACAAAACAAAGGGCAAAAUGGCCUUCCGAACUGGGUCCUUCGCGACCUUCCUCAUCGUCUGCCCAACAUCCUUCUUCCUCGGAAUCCUCUUCUCCCUCCUCCCCUACGACUACCCGAUCCUCUGGUCCAACCACCCCACGCCCCCCUCCCACUUCUCCUACUUCGAAUCGCACCUCUCCUUCCUCCAUGCCUCCCCGCCCCUGAUCCCCCGCAUCCUCCACAUUGUCAUCUUCCUCGGUUUGCUGGGCCUAAUCCUCAAACUCUACAAACCCAGCGAAUCAAACAUGCUCUUCGAUGGCGCGUCACUGGUCCUCUACAUGUGCGGCAUCACCGUGUACAUUGCCAAUAUCGUCAAGGGGCUGAGACUUGUCUCCGCGGGGAAAUACGGGGAGGAAUUGGUCUCGAGUGAGGACGAGAAGGGCCAGAUCCUUAAUCGGGAGGACUCGUUGAAGGUGCUUGCGGCUAGUAAUACUAUUUUGGCGCUUGUGCUGGUGGGGGUUCUUGUUUUGCAGGCUGGGCAGUGGUAUGCUGAGCGGAAGGACGCGCAGGAGGUGGAGGAUAUGAAGGGGGGUGGUAGUGGGAAGGUUGGUGGUGGUGGUGGAGAUGGAGAGGGGGUUAGUUCGGGGGUUAAGGGGAAGGGGGGGUCUGCGAAGAAGAGGAAUUGAGUUGUUGUUGCUGUUGUUGUUGUUGUUGCUACUAAGGUGGGGGUGGUGUAGGGGUUUAUGAUUUGGUGGUUUUUUUUUUUUUUUUCCCUAUCUUUGUUGUUUUGAGCCCGGUCUGGGUUGGAUUGACCGAUUGCUUGAAUUGGAUGGGAUUUCAUUCAUGGGAUGGUUU